AUGGGAAAAUCAAUCAUGCUUAUCUUGGUCUGCUUCUUUGCUUUGUAGGCCUUAGAAACAUAGACAUUGGAGAAGGACGAAGUUGACAUGGUAAAACUAAAUGCACUUUUUGAAACAAACUAUCAAGGAUAACUCUAUUCUGGUUAUCUUAGCGCAAAAGAUGAUGGAUCAGUCGAGUUUCAUUACCUUUUUUAUCCAGCUAUCGAUUCAUCUUCUGAAAAACCUUUGAUAUUAUGGUUACUUGGAGGACCAGGAUGUUCAUCUAUGAUUGCAGCAUUUACAGAAAGUGGUCCAUACACCUUCAUUCCUGAAUCUAUUUAAUUUGAAGAGAACCCACAUACCUGGACAUCGUUUGCCAACAUGCUUUACAUUGAAUCUCCAAUAUCUGUUGGAUAUUCUUAUGGCCCAGCUGGAGCAUAAUCUGAUGAAUCAACUGCUUAAUACAACAUGCAUGCAUUAAUUGAGUUUUUUGUUAGAUUUCCUAACUUCAAAAACUAAAAAUUCUAUAUUGGUGGUGAAUCCUAUGCUGGUAUCUAUGUACCAACCUUGACUCAAGAGAUUAUAAAGUAUAAUAAACAACCAGUUAAUCCUGAAGUCUUAAAAAUAAACAUUUAAGGCAUAAUUAUCGGUAAUGGUUGCACUGAUCCAAGCGAAUGUACUUUACAGGGAUAUCUUUUUCCGAUACAUAGAUUAAACUUUUUUGGAAGACAUGGCUUCAUUAGUGAAGAAACCUAUUAAAAAAUAAUUAAUCAUUCCGAAGAAUGCUACGGAUCUGCAACACCCUAAUGCCAAGCAUUAGCCUAUGAAGCCUUAGCUUAAAUUUCUGGACCUUAAUAUUCCUAUCAGGUGAAUUAAUAUAAUGUUUAUUCCAAAUGCAUUAUUUAAACUCCUGAAGGAAGCUCAAGAAUGAAAAGCCCACUUCGAGUUUCAAAUGAGGAGAAAGAUGACUCUGAUGUACCUCCUUGUGUGGAUGUGAAAGGUCUGUAUCAUUGGUUUUAGAUGGAUGAAGUUCGAACUCUAUUGAAUAUCGAUUAAAAAUCACCCAAAUGGGUUGCUUGCUCAAUAAAUUUCGACGAUUAUUAAAUAAAUCCAAAUGGAUCACUAGACAUUUAUCCUACUAUUAUCAAAAAUAAUAUCAGAGUUCUUAUUCUUAGUGGAGAUGUAGAUGGAGUGGUACCAAUAGUGGGUACUCUUUAUUGGAUUGAUAAACUUCAAUAAUAAUUAUAGUUGAAUACAAUAAAGCCAUGGAGACCUUGGUAUAUUCCUGCUUUAAGAGAAUGCGAUAAAGAUUAAAAUGCAGGAAAUGUGUUUGAUAUUGAGGGUUUGACCUUUGUUAGCUUCAGGAAUGCAGGACAUGAAGUACCCGCUGACCAAAGAAUUUAAUCUAAGAUAGUCUUAGAGAAAUUUUUAAGAUAGGAAUAUUUAUGA